AUGGCCUUCGCAUCUCAGCCUAUUGGCGUUCUCUGCGCAUACUUUGUCAACACCCAGCUCGCUGAAUGGUCGCCGCCCGAGCUCCGCAAGCAGCAGACAAAGCUGCACCGGCACGACUGGGCCCAGCCGCAGACGCACCCCGACACACUACUUUCUCCAAGCAGGUGGGAGGCAACCUGCACGGAGUGUCUCUGUAAACUGCGUGUGCUGGGUGUAAUAUCCGACCGCACAACCACCGGCGGCAAGGCUCCGUGCACAGACGAGCUCGGCCACCACUUUCACACACGCUUAUCUGAUGCGCCGGUCUCGCAAAUACAAGGUCGCAGUGUGUAUGCCGGCGGCGCGUGGUGCUGCAAAUGCAACUCACAGGUCGAGCUGUCGCUGACCGCGCCAGUGAUCUCCUCGCUGCAGGUGGCAGCGCUGGAGCGGGCGCGGGCGGCAGGCCACGAGCACCACAGCACACAGGCGGUACGCGAGGUGCUGGUUACGCUGAAGACAAUGUUCCGGAUCGCAAAGAAUGCCGUCGGUGGCGACGUUCGGCCGAUAAAGUCAACCAGCCCCAAACCAAGGCAGCUGCUGAAAUUCGACACAGCAUGCAAUGAGAUUCUGGCGGCGGUCGGAUUUGUGAUGCGCGGCGACGAGUUCUGUCCACCAGAUAUCGUCGCCAGCAUUUCAGAUGACGAACUGAAGAGCUCGGUCAGCGACAGUCUCUCGUACCAGCAGCUGGUUGCCGCCAUGGAAGAGCUUCUGGUGGCUUCGGGCAAAUUCAUGCGCAGACUACCACCAAACGACCGCGAUGCAUUGUUCCGGUAUCUCAACGGCGCUAUCUCCCUCAUGCAGCUGCUGGGGUCGGAUAUGUAUCCGAAGCGGCCUGGAAGCUCACCACUAGUGAUUUCGUCAAACCGCAGUAUCAUCGGCACUCGCUCAUCGCUCGAAGAAGGCUAUCGCCGGUUAGGCGCGCCUGAGGAUGCUGCUGAUUCUCUGGUGGCCUGGGCGUAUUUGCGGCAGACGGAGGAAGACGAGUCAGACGACCCUAUCAGCGGUAAAGAUGCACUGGAGCGAUUCGACGCACUGCAGGGGAUUGCCGCCGCACGGUCGUCCAAGGAGCUUGGAGAUCUGGUUGCCAACGAAGAGGACCGUGGGCUUGUGGCAACUGACGCAUUGCGGGCAGCGCUGGGCGAGAUCUGCGGUGACCGGAUGCUAGAGGUGGAUGCGAUUGGCGUGGAUUCUAUUCGCGAACUGUUCACAGCCAAACUAGGCAGCCUGGGGCGAAAAAAGGACAAGCUGAGUUUGGUUAACCACCUACACAUUCUGGCGAGUGCGAAGCGUGACCAGGCAUUGAAGGAAUAUGUGGUGAAUGUAAGAUCCGCGGUUGACGCCGAGGAGGACGUGGAUGAGGGAUCGCGGAUGACGUCGCCGACGAGUCAGGUCAGGAGAAACAUUGAUCUAUGGACCCAGCUACCAACAGGGCUCAAAAACAUUGGCAACACCUGCUACCUGAACUGCAUGUUGCAGUGCCUCUUCUCGAUCACCCCGAUCCGCAAUGCGGUCCUGCAGUUUGGCGAUGGUAAAACAUGGAACGAAGACGCAGUUGCUGGGCGCCGUGACGGCUCGCAUGUGCUGUCUGAGCUCGAGAUCCGCCGUGCGCUGCGGUUUGUCCGGUUACUCAAGGAUCUAUUUGGUAAGCUGAUGAACCAGCGGAUCGACAACAGCUCCAUGUUGGCAUCAAGUGGUGGCCAUCCUUUAGCAAGCACAGCAGUGGCAGUCGCGCCGGACCGCGAAUUAGCCGAUAUGCUGCUGUUAGCUGGUACCAAUAAUACGGCGAAGCCUGCGAAUGGUAGCAACACGCCAACAAAGCCUGACCAGGCCCGGUCGUUUGUGGAGCAGCAGGAUGUCGACGAGUGCAUCGACCAGUGCAUUAGCCUGCUUCAGCACGCGCUGCCGCCUGAUAGCCCGUGGAAGGACUCUGCUGGUGACAUGGAGAAGGCAGAGGGAUCGGAGAAAAAGAAGCGCAAGAAGGAGCCCGAAACCUGGAUCCACCGACUCCUAAUCGGCAACCUUGAGUACACAAACGGACAGACCAGCGAGGGCGAGCUGCAGACCACACAUGAGUUGUUCCACAACCUGCUGGUGAACAUCCCUAGUGCCAACUCUGAUAUCAACGAGUGUCUCGAUGGGUUCUUUGCUGAUGACACCGUGGCCAGCAGCGAAAGGGAUGUUGUCAGGCAGUCGCGUGUUAGUCGCGCUCCGCCGGUACUGUUUGUGCAGGUGCAGCGUGUGCAGUUCGAUAAGACAACUAUGCAGCCAUUCAAGGUCAACUCGCAUAUUCGUCUGCGCGAGCAGAUCUCGCUGGCGCGGUUCUGCCAGUUUGAUGGCGAAUCGGCCGAUGCCAAAUGCUGUCACAAGCUGCGGAAGCGGCUGUCUGCGAUUGACAACCAUCUGCAGGCGCUGAAAGUGCCCACUACCAAGCCUACCAAGGAGGGCUGGGCGGCUGGCGAUUCAGUGAUUCCAGCAAUCGAGCGCGCGCAAAGCUUCCUCGCAGGUGUCAGCAGCUGGACAGCCAAUGACGUCACAAAACAACUACUGGCGGAGCUGCCCCACGACCCCGACCUCCUCGAGACUGCCAAGCUUGCCAGCGACCAGCUGACACAAAUGCUUACCGCCCUGAACUCUGCCAAGCAGUCAUGGGAGGCGGAGCACCAGCGAAUCCACGACGAGCUGGAGAGAAUCUAUGCAGACAUACCGGACAACGACAUGGCGUACACCUUGCACGCUGUGUUCAUCCACAGCGGCGUGUCGUCAGAGUAUGGCCAUUACUGGGUGUAUAUCCGUGAUCGGAAUAGCAGGACAGGCGAGACGCGGUGGGUGAAGUUUAACGACUCGAGUGUGUCGACUGUGGAGGCGAGCGAGAUUCUAAGGAGCUCGCCGAUACCUGAAGAGGAGAAUGCGAACCCGUAUUAUCUGGUGUAUGUACAGAACCAGGAGCUGCCGGCGCUAACCCUGACCAAUGACGAAAAGUAUAACCCAACUGACGUCAAGGUCAAGAAGAUGAGGUACUGCGACUAUUUCCGCGCCGAAACCACCAAGGAAAAGCUGCAGGUUGCCGGUGCCUUCAUCAUGUCCUCGGGGAUCCCGCCGCUAUUUAAGAGUAUCCGUCGCUGUCAGAUGGGAUGCAAGUGCAACUAG